CCCUAUAAAUAAAUGUUUUGGAGUUUAUUAAUCUGUGUUUUAAAGAUUUUACUGCCAGAUAUAUAUCUCCUUCCCCGCCCAGAGAGCUCUAGUUCAAAAACUGAAUUCCAAAAAUGGCUUCCAAUUCCACCAUUUUAGCAGGUCUGCUGCUUCUGUCCCUCUCCUCCUUCCACUUCCUCUCUGUCACUUCCUUCGAGUUCCAAGUUGGCGGCAUCAACGGUUGGGUCGUCCCGCCGGAGAACGACACCAAAAUCUACAACACCUGGGCCUCGAAGAACCGGUUCCAAGUUGGCGACACCAUUCGUUUCAGGUACAAGAAGGACUCUGUUCUGGAAGUAACCGAAGCAGAGUACAAGCAGUGCAACUCCACCCGCCCACACUUCUUCUCCAACACCGGAAACACCGUCUUCGACCUCGACCGCACCGGGCCCUUCUACUUCAUCAGCGGCGCAUCCGGGCACUGCGACCGGGGCCAGCGCAUGAUCGUAACCGUGAUGUCCCACGACGAUUCCUCUGGCUCCAAAGCUGCAUCACUUAUCUCCUACGGAGGAGCUGCGGUUGCGCAGCUUGCUUUGGCGUAUAUCUGCUUCUAGCUAGGUUUCCAGUGUCUUUGUUUUGCUAUUUUACGAUAUCGUUGCCGACAUUGUCAGGUUGCUUUAUGGAUUUUUUAGUCUAGAUUUAGUUUUGGUUUUUCAAAAAUGGGUUUGGUGCAGUGCCUAUUGUGUUUUAGCAUGCAGAGACUCCAUGUGUUUUGGUAUUUCAUUUGAUUUUUACUCAUUAUGCUGAUCUUCUGAGUCGAUCU